GGCGGACCACCCUCUUUGGUAUGCAGGAGGACCGACGUCACUGUUUGUGCUAUUCUGGGGAAGAUGGCGGAAGCUGCGGCGGUUCCCCCGCAUCGGUUCUUCUGUCAUUGUUGUAAGGGAGAAGUAAGCCCCAAGCUCCCGGAGUACAUCUGUCCCAGGUGUGAGUCUGGCUUUAUAGAGGAGGUAACAGAAGAUUCCAGUCUGCUAGAGGGUGGCACUAACGGGACAGAUGACACAGCCACACAGUUUGCAGAGCUGUGGCACCUGUUGUUUGUAGAGAGGCCUUUCACAGUGGAUGGUGACAGUCCAGACUCAGAGCUCCGGGUCCCUGGUGGGGGGGUUGGGGUAGGAUCGGGGGGCCUGGGAGGAGGUCCUAUCGGAGGGUCAGUCCCUGCUGGGCUAGGAGGACCUCUGGGGGGUCCUCUGGGAGGGGGGGAACACUGGGGGCCCGGUCGCCCCCCUCGCCUGCACAGUCAGCGGAGGUACCGCUCCAGAGGGAGCAGCAGACCUGACCGCUCACCUGCCGUAGAGGGGAUAGUACAACAGUUUCUGGCUGGUCUAUUUGCCAACUCUGGAGUUCCUGGCUCACCUCCCCUCUCUUGGACAGGGAUGCUACACUCUAACCCAGGGGACUAUGCUUGGGGACAGGGGGGACUGGAUGCAGUCAUCACACAGUUGUUAGGUCAGUUUGAGAACACGGGCCCUCCUCCUGCAGAGAAAGAGAAGAUCUCCUCCAUACCUACAGUCAACGUGUCUCAGGAUCAAGCAGACUGCAGUAUGGAGUGUCCGGUGUGCAAGGAGGACUUUGCAGUGGGAGAGCCCGUCAGACAGCUACCCUGCAACCACUUCUUCCACUCAGACUGUAUAGUACCCUGGCUGGAAAUGCAUGAUACGUGUCCUGUGUGUAGGAAGGGGUUGAAUGGAGAAGACAGCAACACCCAGAACCCCCCAGAAUCCCCCUCUCUAAAUACGGACCCCCGCACACAGGAGAGAUGGUCCUUCUGAAAUACACCUCCCCCUCAUCCCUCCAUCGCACCUCUCCUCUGACCUCCUUUUAAUCUCCUUCAUUCCACUUUUUUGACCCUCCCCCUUCUCUACGAACUACUGCACACGGGAGAUAAGGACUUUCUGAAGGAUAGACCUCCUCCAUCUCUGCCUCAUUCCUCCGUGUCAUUCCUUCAUCUCACUCCUCCUCUCUGAAUCAUCUCUUCAUCUACAGUCAUAGGAUGGUCAUCUCAGUAUGGCUGUUCCUGUCUCAAUGGCCCUGGAACCAUGUACACACACACACAUCAUGAUUCGGUAGACCCCCACACACACGUCAUGAUCCAUUAGCUGUCCUCUGCCUCAUCAUGACCAAGCACUUGCCUUUACCUCGGUUCAAACAUCAACCACAUCUCGCUUUUUCUACUCUUUUCUCCAUCCUUCUGAAAAGCACUGCUGUAAAACAAUGUUGUCUCUCCCUACCUCUCUACUCCUGGGAUGCAUCUCAAUAGUCUAGAGUGGCUUCCUCUCAUCUGCACUGAACAUGGUGGAUGCUCACCAGGAAUUUGGUUUUGCCUUUCUAGCUCUGUCACAUCAGUGCAGAAAGGAGACAUCAUUUUGACUAUUGAGACGGGCCCCACAAUCUCUUUCGCUGUCAUUCUGGUGUAUAUAUUAAACAGAUUGCAUCACUCUGUCAUUUUACUCCUC